AUGAAUGCAAGUAGAAAUCUUCUUCGUACUUUACAAGAUCUCAUAACAUUGGGACCGAAAACUGAAAAAUUCAAUCGAAUAUUUGAUGGAAUUCGAGUCGUGGCAUCUCGAAAGCCAGGCCAUAUUCAAUGUGAACUUGAUAUCGAUGAAAAACAUUUAAAUCGAAAUGAUACUUUGCACGGCGGAAUGCUGACAUCAUUGACAGACAGUGUAUCGACAUUAGCACUUGAAACCAACGAAAGAAAACCGUCGAAAUCGGCAUCGGUUGAACUGAGUGUUUCUUUUCUUAAAGCAGCAAAAAAGGGUGAAACACUGGUGAUCGAUGCCGAAACGGUGAAGUUGGGUCGAACGUUGGCAUUUCUUUCCGUAGAAUUUCGCAACAAACAAAAUAAUGAAUUGUUAGCAACGGGCAAACACACAAAAUUUCUUAGUUAA